CGCAUGCAGCUGAGAUCCUCCAGAAGGUUCGCGCACCGAGACUUGUCAAAUACGUCAAAUCACGCGAGCGUGCAUCGCUCCGACUGUUUACCGAUCGACUGCUGAUGCGCACGGGACGAGGCCGUGCGAGGCGGCGUGAUUGGUCAUCGUUCGUGUCAACAAUGUGGCGCAUUUACGCUCCUCCAUCCCCGUCCCGUUACUCCGCUCCAAAAUUCGCUCAAUUCGUUCGCCCAUCUAGCUCAAGCUGUCUCUUGCGUUUGUGACAUAAAUACGCAUCAAAUAUGUACCGUCGGUAAUGCAGUGUCCUGCCGCUUUUUACAUUUGAGGCUUCGUAUGCUUGGUUACGACCGCUAUGACCGUAAAAUUGUCGCAUUUGUUUGUUUGCUUAUGUUAAUAAUGUCGCAAGUUUUUCGUCGCGAUAGAGUUACAGAGAUUGCAAUUGCGUUCGCGUGAGCGAUAGAUGAUUUUUCGACGGACGUCAUGACGUGACACGUGCGUCGAGUCGUUAUGGAGUAUAACGUCAAAUUGUGUGGAUAGAGGCAAGCGCACACUUUCGGCCGACAGAAUUUUUAGUUUCUUGAGAAAAUGGCCCAUGCCAAUCAAGGCCAAGGAAUUGGAGAGACCAUGGACUUUUUAACCAAGUUUCACAAUAUUUCGAACAAACUAAAAAAACGAUUCCUGAGGAAGCCGAACGUCGCGGAGGCAUGCGAUCAAUUUAGUGCCUUAGCUACCGAAUGCGAACAGAAGGAAUUGUGGCAAUAUGCAGGCUUGUGCUGGUUAGCAGCUGCCAGAUGCCAAGUUGAGAUGACGGGAGACUGGAGGACCAUUUUCGUAACCGGGGGCGCCGGUUACAUUGGCAGUCACUGCAUCGUUGAGCUCCUGGAGUGCGGCUACGACGUGGUGGCUAUAGACAAUUUUGCAAACAGCGUGACGGAAACCGACGGCGAGUCUGCGGCGCUCAAACGGGUCGAGCAAAUAACAGGGAAGAAAGUCACGUUUUAUAACUGCGAUCUGCUUAAUAAAGAGAAGCUCGAGACCGUCUUCAAUCAGCACAAAAUAGAUUGCGUGAUACAUUUUGCGGCUAUCAAAGCCGUCGGCGAAUCGAUGCAAGUUCCGCUUCAUUACUAUCGAAACAACAUAAUAGGAGCUAUUAAUCUGCUCGAGGUGAUGAAAGCAGCCGGCUGUUUUCAACUUGUAUUCAGUAGCUCAUGCACGGUUUACGGCGAACCUACAAAAUUGCCCAUCACGGAAGAACACGAAACCGGCAACAUUACUAACGUCUACGGCCGCACUAAGUAUUUUAUUGAAGAGAUGCUUAAGGAUAUAUCCCGAGCUGAAAAGAGUUGGAACAUUAUAUCUCUAAGAUACUUCAAUCCGGUUGGUGCUCACCGAUCGGGAUUGAUCGGAGAGGAUCCGACGAAGCCGUUCACAAAUCUGAUGCCGUAUAUCGCUCAAGUUGCAUCGAGGCUAAAGUCGGAGUUGAUUAUAUUCGGUGGUGAUUAUCCUACGGAAGACGGCACAGGAGUUCGCGAUUACAUUCACGUUAUGGAUUUGGCAGCUGGUCAUGUGGCGGCGUUAAAUGCUUUGCACAAACAGCACCUCAGACUUAAGAUUUAUAAUUUAGGCACUGGCAAUGGCGUGACUGUGUUAGAAUUGAUAAAAACGUUUGAAAAAGUCACCGGCACCACCGUGCCGUACGUUAUAAAGGAGAGAAGAGAGGGCGACAUCGUAUCCAUGUACGCUAAUACGGAUUUGGCGAAGAAAGAAUUGAAUUGGACAGCAAAGUACAACGUUGAGCAAAUGUGUAUAGACUUCUGGAGGUGGCAGAAGAUGAAUCCACACGGUUACCGAACUUCAUUAAAGAACGGAACUACUGAACACCUGAACAAUACAUCAUAACAAAAAAUUGUAUCGAGGGCAUUAUGCAAAUAAUUUAUAAUAAAGCAUCGAUAUGCGUUGUCUUAUAAUUUACAUUUUAUAAUGUCUAUAAAAAUAUCUCUUACAUUUAA